AUUUUAGGAGCUUCUGCACAAGGUUCAAGACACAGAGCAACCAUGAAGUCUAUGACACGAGGGGAUCUGUGGCUGCUGCAGUUAGACGCCAAGGAGGACCCGGUGGCCGACCGCCACAGCAGCUUCCAUCCCAGCCACAGACGGUUCGCGCCUGUGCGUGCCAGCAAGUCGAUGGAGGAGGUGAGUCGCUUGCGUAAGCUCACGUCUCUGACUUACCUGAGCGGCAAACUGCGCGGCAUGUUCCACCGCGAGCACCGAGACACGAUCGUGUGCGAGGAGGACGAGGAGAUCCCGGGCAGCAGCAAGCGCAACAUUUAUGAUAUCAUCCGCCGCAACGAAGGCUCGGAGUCCACGCGCUUCGAUCACUUGGCCAAGUUCAGCGACUGCAUGCCGGCCGGGCGGCCCAUGACGUUCUCGCAGAGUUCGUCUACGAGCGCGGAGAGCCACGAGCCCAGCAAGGAGCAGCGCUGGUGUACCAACUGCUCCAAGUGUUUCCAGCGCGGACUCAGCCGCUUCGACCAGUAUUGCGGACUAGACUGCAAGACGGCGCAUCGGAUGCGCCAGGCCGCGUGAAGCCACGCCCCUCACUACCUGGCUGCGCAGUCUCCUUCUUUAGUUUCGGAGGAGAUGCUGGCUAUACGCGCAGCGGCGACACGUCCGCCGCAGCGCUUCACGAUCCAUUCUGAGAGAAGGAUGGAGCGCAGGUAGCUUCGGAGGGGGGUGACGAGAUGAUAUAAGCUGGCCAGAAUGGUCUGAGCUGCUGGCCACGGCGUCCUCGCACGGCACGAAGACGUAGGCACUUUACCACGCUCAGGCGUGUAUGAUAGAAAAAGAGAGGAAACCGAGUGGAGUUGUCCGCUCGGCCAUAAUGUUAUUAACGCUAUUUUAACCACCAGC